AUGCUUUUCCGCAACGCUUUUGCCCUGUCGACGCUUUCAAGCUUCGCCACGGCAGCUUAUCCCCCAGACUUCCCCGUCGUCGGUAACACGCCAGACCUCAACCUUACAUUUGGUACAAACAACGUGUCUCCGCCCGGCGAAUUGAUUCCUAGAGCUGCAUCUUUUUUUUUGUAUAUAACCAAUGGAUGGCUAGACACGCUCAAUCUCCCCACAAUCACCUCGCCGGCAUGGGGCAGUGCGAACCGCGCCGUUGUCGUCAUUGUCGAUACCGACGUACCUAGGAACGGCACACGCGUGCAGCUGCUGCAUUAUCUGGCUACCAACGUCACCAUGGAAUCUGGUAAUCGCACGUUGAUACUUCCUCCUGCGGGUGUUGCCGAGGCUCCUUAUCGUAUGUCUUUUUUUUUCCUCUUCUCUUCUGUUAUUCCUCUCACUCCCCCUUCCAAAAAAGGAUCAAAAAAUCAAAGAAUGAUGGAUACCAAACACCCAUUGAAUCUAUAA